AAAAAUAAAAGACGACAAAAAAAAAAUGAAAAAAACUGCGACGACAAAAAUUAUUCGAGACGAAAGCUAGACGAGAUAAAAAAAUAAAAAAUUGAAAAAAAAAAAUAAAGUUGAACUCAACUAUACAAUAAAAAUUAUCUCAAUAACAAAUUAACGGUGUUGAAAAGUUAAUUGUUAAUUGUUUCUUGAAGUUCGCCAUUGUGGCAAUCGCAAUCACAAUUCGCCCAGAAAAAAACGAAAAGUUGAAAAUUUUUUAGAAAGCCUCACAAAAAGAAAAAAAAAGUGAAAACCUUGUUUUUUUCUGUCACGAAAGAAAAAAAAAACUAACAUUUUAUCGGAAAUUUGUUAAGAAAACACAUUUCCGCUGGGUUUUGGGUUACUUGCUUACAAAAAAAGUUGAAGUUAAUUCAGCAAUCAUUGGCGGAAGAAAUUCAAUACGCGCGAUGGAAGGAAACGCUCCUCCUAAAUUAUCAAUUUCCGAAUUGGACGAUGUCCGAUUGAUUGUCAAAUCAGCGAAUCAACAGUUCGAUGAUUUGAUUGUCCAUAGUGAACCAUCGUGGAACAUACGAAAGUUAAAAUUGCACUUGUCCCAGGUGUAUCCUUCAAAUCCGACCGUUCCCGAACAAAAACUAAUCUACUCCGGACAACUGCUCAGUGACGAACUAAUACUUAAAGACAUACUUCGCAGCUACAAAGAUGUUGAAACUGAAAAUCAUAUUUUCCAUUUAGUGUACACACCAAAGAUUAGUGCCACAAAACCUAAAUUACCAGAAUCCCAGCCAUUGUUGAGUAAUAAUAAGCAACAAGAACAAAAACCAGAUAAACCAAUAACGCCAGUGAUACCAGGAUCAAUCAGUUCUGCUGAUGGACUCCGCCAUCGAAAUGUCGCCUCAUCAUCAACAACAUCAUCAACAGCACCAACAUCUUCCAAUGCUUCAGAAGCACCAAUCGCAGCAGCAAAUCCAACACAAAUACCAAAUAUCGCUUAUCCCUAUUCCAUUCCACAAGCUGCAACUGCCGCGGCAGGUUGUCCAACCAACUAUCCCAAUGUGACGCCUUUCAGUUUUCCCGGUCAGUUUAAUAAUGGUGCAGUUACAGAGCAACAGGCAGCAAUGCAAAAUUGGGUGCAACAAAUCUAUGCAAACUACAUGGAACAGUGUCUUAAAAUGGCGAAUUUAACAAUGAAUGCAGCUCAAAUGCAAUCAAACGCACCCAGCAUACCAAUGUUUAUGCCAAUGAUGCCACAAUUCAUGCCAUCAAACUUCCCAACUCUACAGACAACAACACCAACAGCAGCGAAUAGUGUGCCAGUAAUUGAUGGUCCUGGUACCAGUCAAGCAGCUAGAGCCGCUUUCGCUCCCAGAGUUCUACCUGUGAUACCACCGGCAGCAGCACAGCCAGGUGUUGCUCCAACUGUGGGGACAACAGCUACACCAGCUGCUGCCCCAGCACCGGCACCAGCAGAAAACGUUGUGGAACAACCACAACCACAGCCUCGUUUUCCAAAUAUCGUGCAAGAAGAGCAAGAUAAUCGUGAUUGGUUGGACAGUUUCUACUCAGUCACUCGCCUGUUAGCAUUGCUCACACUUGUCUUUUUCUACUCAUCGCCGCUCAGGUGCCUCGUUGUUGCUAUUAUUGCUGUUGGAAUUUAUCUAUAUCAUACUGGAUUCUUUCAAACUCGCAGACAAGGUCAAGCCAACAACAACAAUAACAACAGAAAUAACAACAAUCAAAAUAUAAAUGACAACAAUGCUCCAGCAGCGGCGGCGGGAAAUGCUGCCGCACAAGAUACUCCUCAAGCGGCAACCGAAGCCAGUCAAGGUACUGCUGGAGAUUCAGAACCUUUGAUUAGCUCGUCAACACCACCAGAAGCUGAAACAACAACAACGUCUUUGAUAGCGUUCGUACGAACAUUUGUUGUAUCAUUUUUUGCUUCGUUGCUGCCUGAAACGCCAGCAUUGUAAUAUAAAAUUAUUGUAAUUUUGGAUAUCUAUUUGUUGUAAUUUAUAUAAUAUUCUCUUGAAUUGAAUACUUGUACGAUUUAUUAUUAAUUAUUAUGAUUCACCAAAUUCAAGAGUUUAAACAAGACGUAUGUUAUUAUUAUUACCCCCCAUGAUGCAAAACCAAUCACUUCUAACUUUAUACCCAAUUAUGUUUUUUUGGAUAAGUUUUAAUUUUUGCUUUGCUGUUAACAUAGCAAUAGAAAUUAAUUAUUUGUUUGAUGAUUUAUUAUAAUAGUGGAGUUACUAAAGCUUUAAGACAUUAAAGCUAAAGAUAGUUUGGAUGAAUGUUUAAGACCUUUUGGUUUUUCUUCUACAGAAAGUUUAACAUUUGAGUAAGAAUUCUUUUUUGUUACAAAUUUAUAUUUUUUUUUUUGGAGAAAUAAAGAAUUACCAAUUUAUUAUUUAAAUUUGGAAUAUUAUCAAUUUUAUUCGAAAAAGGAAAGUUUAUCCCUGCUGGGUUCGACAAAUCGAAGUCGGAAAAUAGCAACAAACUUUUACGAUUCAAUGAAUUUCAUGAUUCCAAACAAGUUUUUUUUUCAAACCAAAUCCACUGUUAGUAAACUUAUUAAACUAUCAAAUUAAAAGCUUAUAAAUUUUUAUUUUGAAAUUAUAAAAUUUUGAUUGUAUUAA